UGAGGGUUGGGGGGGCCGCUGGCUUUUGGAGCGCAGUGUUGUUUUGGAAGAAGUUCCGGAAAGGAGGCCGCCGCUUGAGGUCCAAGAGCCACCGGCCUGCGCACGUUUGGGGCAGCUCCGGGCUCGACUCGACGUUGCCACUGUAGGUUUCCUCUGCCCCCGUUCCUCCUCGAGGAACCGCCUCGUAUCUCCGCCAUGGCAUCCACCUCGAGCAACCUCCAGAAAGCGAUAGAUCUUGCUAGCAAAGCAGCCCAGGAAGACAAAGCUGGGAACUACGAGGAAGCCCUUCAACUCUACCAACACGCUGUACAGUAUUUUCUCCAUGUAGUUAAAUAUGAAGCACAGGGUGAUAAAGCCAAGCAAAGUAUCAGGGCAAAGUGUACAGAGUAUCUUGAUAGAGCAGAAAAACUGAAGGAGUACCUGAAGAAGAAGGAGAAAAAACCACAGAAGCCAGUGAAAGAGGGACAGCCAAGUCCAGCUGAUGAGAAGGGGAAUGACAGUGAUGGGGAAGGAGAAUCUGAUGAUCCUGAAAAAAAGAAACUACAGAGUCAACUUCAAGGCGCCAUUGUUAUAGAGCGACCAAAUGUGAAAUGGAGCGAUGUUGCCGGUCUCGAAGGAGCCAAAGAAGCACUGAAAGAGGCUGUGAUAUUGCCUAUUAAAUUUCCUCAUCUCUUUACGGGCAAGAGAACACCUUGGAGGGGAAUCCUGUUAUUUGGGCCACCUGGAACAGGAAAAUCCUAUUUGGCCAAAGCUGUAGCAACAGAAGCAAACAACUCAACAUUUUUCUCAAUAUCUUCCUCUGACCUUGUUUCUAAGUGGCUAGGUGAAAGUGAAAAGCAAGUUAAGUACUUAUUCCAACUUGCCAGAGAGAGUAAACCUUCCAUUAUCUUCAUUGAUGAAAUUGAUUCUCUGUGUGGUUCAAGAAGUGAAAAUGAAAGUGAAGCUGCACGUAGAAUUAAGACAGAGUUCCUAGUUCAAAUGCAAGGGGUUGGUGUGGACAAUGAUGGAAUUUUGGUUCUGGGAGCUACAAAUAUACCCUGGGUUCUGGAUUCUGCCAUUAGGCGAAGAUUUGAGAAACGAAUUUAUAUUCCUUUGCCUGAGGCCCAUGCCCGAGCAGCAAUGUUUAAACUGCACUUGGGGACCACUCAGAACAGUCUAACAGAAGCAGAUGUCCGGGAACUUGGGAAGAAAACUGAAGGCUAUUCAGGGGCAGACAUAAGUGUCAUUGUACGUGAUGCACUUAUGCAGCCAGUUAGGAAAGUACAGUCAGCUACUCAUUUUAAAAAGGUUUGCGGACCUUCACAAGCUGAUCCUAACAACAUAGUAGAUGAUCUGCUAACGCCCUGUUCUCCAGGUGAUCCUGGUGCCAUUGAGAUGACGUGGAUGGAUGUCCCUGGGGAUAAACUUUUGGAGCCAGUUGUUUGCAUGUCGGAUAUGUUACGGUCACUAUCUAGCACAAAGCCCACAGUCAAUGAGCACGACUUGUUGAAAUUAAAGAAGUUUACAGAAGAUUUUGGCCAAGAAGGCUAGACCAAAGACAACAAGGAAGACGUUUACCAUGUGUGUUCUCUCUUUCAUAGGUAUUUUUGCCUUUCUAGGAUGGCAGUCAGAUUAUUUCCGGUAAAACCCUUUUACUGCAGGAAAAUAGAGAUCUCACUUCAGCAUUCAUUUAAGUUUUAUAUGUACUUUUGCUCCAUUACCAAUUAAAUCCUCCUGUUAACAAAAAUUAUAAAAUAAUGGGUUAUAAGCAAAUGAGUGACAUAAAUAGCAAAAACAUAGAAAUUACCUAGUAAAAAGAAGAUUAAAAUUGAUUGAGAUACAAAUAUUUUAAAUUGUUAUAAAUAGUGGUCUUUGCAAAGAGCAUUCAUUUUUUUUUUAACUAAAAUGAAGUGGGGCUUAUUUCAUAUUUUGAAAAAAAACUUAAGCAUCAUUCUUGUCAAUGUAAAAUUUAUUUACUUUAUUACAAAAAUUAAAAAUGAUUUACUCUCAGGGAUGGGCAGUAAAACAGCAAAGAGCACUGAUUGGGUUUGAAAGGUUUUGAAUUGUGUUCUAGCCAAGGCUUUUAGUGGUUUUUUGAUAGGUUGACUUUUUUCUCCAUGUAGAUUUAAAUAAUUUCUGUAAAAGCAGCAAGCUUUUUUAUAUUUAACUAAGUAAUACCUUUUACUGUGCAAUCUCAAGAGAAAGACUCUCUAAAUUAGGCAUUGUCUCUACCUUGAAGAAGAAAAUUGUCUAUUUCAGUGUCUUUUUGUAGCAAGAUUGACCAAAACAGGGGGUUAAUAAAUGUGUACCUUUUAAAUAAUUCUGCCAUGGAAUACUGUAAUGGGAACCUUUGCUAAAAGGAACAGCCUCCCUUUGGAUUAUGGGAAGUUUCUUGUGUGUGAUGGGGGCGGUGUGUGUGUACAUAAAUAUAAAUUUUUUUUAAUAUAGGUUAGCUAGAGUCUUGUCUUUUACCUUUUAAGUUCAGGGAACAGCUCGUCCUGGCCACACGUAUGUUAUCAGUGUAAUGUUUCAUGAAGCUUUAGAAAUGAGCUGAUGUCUCCUUAAAUAAUAAAAUACAAACAUGAUAUUGUAUUAUUUUAAUAUCUUCAAAUAAAUAAUCUGAGGGUGUGUGUUACAUACUUGAGCACCAACACUAAGUUGUGCCUUGUACAUUUGCAUUGGCUCUACAUGCAAAGGGUUAUUAAGUCAGCUAGAAUGAGGUAGAUUCCUUAAUAUACUAUAAAGUUCUGCCUUGAAAAUGCUAUAGGAUAACUUGCAUUUUAAAGUAUAUUUGCACAUUUUACAUAUUGUGCUAUAUGGUUGCCUUUGGGUUUUCUGUACAGGUUGUUUUCAUUGAUAUUAAACGGAAGUCGUAGGCCUGAAAUGUGCUGUUCUUACGUGAAGUAAAUUGAUACAACCUACUAUUGGCUAUAUUCUGUGUGUGCUUCUUUAUUUUGGGAUCUUCUGUAUAGGAGAAAAUAUUAUCUAAAUUGAUUAGAUACAAAGAAAUCAUUAAAAAUUAUUAAUUAAGCAUGUAUGCAUGAAAAUUCUAUUUUUCAGUAACUACUGUGUGAGAGUUGGGAAUUAACUUGGCACACCAACACUGAGUUCUUUGCGGACGUCUUACAAGACAUUUUACUUUAUCCACCUCAGAAUCAUACGGUAUUGCUAUUAAUCAUAUCAUUAGGAUAAUUAACAUAACUAUAUUAGUAUAACUAAUAGCUGAAAUCCAGAUGUUUUUGUGAAUCCAAAAUUUGUUUUGAGGAAGUAUUUUACUUAAAUUGGCCAAGUAGUGUGUAAGUCCAGUGUUGAUGAUGAGUGGAUACUUUAUCACUCAGUUCUUACACGUGCUCUGAGAACCGUGCCUCAGUGUCCAUGUCACUUCUAGCCAUAGCUCCAUUUUCCACAUUUCUGCUUUUAAAACUGUUUCUAGAAUCUAAUAAUUUUAGACUUAUUUUAGAAUGGUAGAACAUAGGUCAUUUCCAUGUGUUCUUUAUGGGCAGAUAAAUACUCAAGAGGAAACAAUGUUCGGGCUCUGUCUGGACCUUGGCCAUUCUGAUUUUGGGUAGAUGUUUUCUGAGCCGCCAAGUAAACCCUACUUGAGCAACUCUAUGAGCUAGCUAUUCCCUGGAUGUUUAGGAACACUUUUUGAUCUCAGUCUGAAAACUCUAUAGAGACCUUAAUUAUAAAAGUAUUUCAGUAGAAAAUUGGUUUUUGAGCUUACUGUCAUCAACAUGCAGAAAGCCAGAAUGAGAGUAUUUGAUUACUAAUGUGAAGUAUCAUUUAGCCACUUGCAGCUGCACAGGUGGGAAAUGGAGGCACACCUCCCCAGCAGAGUGCUGGGAAUGUCGCCCAGCUUCGUGAGCUCCCACAGGUACCGGGUGCUCUCCUGCCUCCUUUCUUCUUUCCUCUGCUAGUCCAAAUCCCGUGAUUUCCAUUAAGACCUAGCUCAUGACCCAUCUAAUCUCUUCCAGGAAGAAUUCCUAGACUACCCCAUCCAACCUUUGGAUUUCUUUAGCACCGAGUUGUGACUAUCUUAAGAUGUUUCUCCAAGUGUCAAGCACACUCUGUUAAUUUUGUUUAGAUCGUUUAGAUUGUAAGCUCUUCAAAGAGUUAUGUUUUUUCCUUUGCAUUACCAUAGUUCUAGACACUGUUUAUUAGGUACUUAAUAAAGACUUGAAAAAAUUAAGGGAGUUAUAUCCAUAUUUUAUCUACUUCCUAGAUUGUCUGUGAGACUUUUAAUAAAAUAGGUAAUUUGAAGUUGCUUUGUUCCUGCUGGUCUAGUGAAGUUGUACAUUUUCGUCCCUGGGAGCUGAAACCAGAGGUGUACCAGAGCUGGCUCAUACCGGCUCACAAGAACCAUGUUUACACAUUGCUGCCCGCCUCUGCAGCCACCUCAUUGGUAGCUUGAAACCUGCCAUGGUGGAAGUGACUUACACCACGGAAACCAGCAAGUUUCCGUUUACAUGCUGCAAUGCAAAGCAAGGACUGUAGCUUAGAAUUGAAAAAUUAAUAUUUACCACAUUUGCAGGAAUAAAGGGACAAAGUUAUCUUCAUAGAGUCAUAAAAAGCAUUUAAUAAAAUCCAGCACCCGUUUGUGAUUUUUUUUUUUAACUCAAACUAGGAAUUGAAGAGAGCUUCCGAAUUUAAUAAAGAGCAUCCACUAAAGAAACAAAAAAAUUCUAACAAACAUCAUACUUAAUUGUGAAUUAUUGAAAACUUUAACUCCCCAGAGAUCAGGAAGAAGACAAAGGUGCCUGCUGUCACCACUCCUUUUCAGUUUUGUGCAGGAGAUUCUAGCCAGUGUUAAAAAGGAAGAAACAAAAUUGUUAUUCCCAGGUGACAUGAUUGUGUAUGUAGAAAAUCCAAAUUAAUAAACUUAGAAAAAGAAUCUGAAUUUAAGAAGAUUACAGGAUACAGGCUAAUACAUAAAAAUAAUUGUAUUUUUAUAUUCUAGCAACAAUUAGAAAUUGAAAUUAAAACAGUACUGAUUAAAAAAUAAAAAUCCUGAUUGCAGUAACAUCAGAAAGCAUCAGAUACCUUCAAAUAAAUCUGAAAGAUGUGUAAGACCUCAGCAUAGAAAAUUAUGAAACAUUACCACAAGAAACUAAAGAAGACCUGAAUAAAUGGAGUGGUGGGACCCAUUCAUGAGUUGGAAGACUCUUAUGAAAAAUAUCAUUUCUGGGACUUCCCUGGUAGUCCAGUGGUUAAGACUCCGUGUUUCCACUGCCAGGGGUCUGGGUUCAGUCCCUGGUUGGGGAACUAAGGUCCCACAGGCCAUAAAUAAAUAAUUUUUAAAAUAUAUAUAUAUCAUUUCUAACCAAAUUGAUUCUAGAUUUAAUGCAAUCCCAAACCCACAUCUGGGUGAUACAGAUAUAUGUAUGUAUAUAUGUAUGUCUCUGGAAACAAAAAUAGGUGCUUAAUAAACAGAUUAUUGAUGAUUGAAAAGAAAUCUUUUAUAGUGUGAAUUCGUUUUUUAUAACAGUAUAUUUCUCCCAGCUGUAUCUUUCUGUACAUUCAUCAUAACCAUUCAUCCAGAUAUCUGUACAUAUACAUAGAAAGAUAUCUGGAAUUACAUUCACCUUACGUUCAUUAUGUUAUUUAUGGGUAGUGAGAUUUGGCUUGAUUUUUUUCCUUUCUUCACCUCUUUCAGGUCCUUUAAGUUUAUUUUCAGAUUCCACUGAGACCUUCCCUGGUCAUCCUACUUAAAGUGGCAAUUCGUCGUGACCCUCCUUGUACCCCAAUCCCUGCUUUAUUUUCCUCUGUAGCACUUAUCAUCGUCCAACAUACUAUAUAAUUUACUACUUUUCUUAUUUGUAAUUUUUCCUCCUAACAUGUAUAUUCCAUGAAAGCUGGGAUUUUCUUGUCUAUUUUAUUGUCUCCUGUACCUUCAGUGUCUAGAACAGUAUUGGUGCCUGAUGGGUGCUCAAUAAAUAUUUAUUGAGUGAA